CGUCUAACACCUACGUUAUCGAAAUUCCUUGAGUUCUUCGAUCCUUUGAUACGCUUAUAUAUGAGCCUUGCAGUGCUUGACUAUAACCGCAAAUGAUGUAUUCUAUUAUCACUAUCCUCGGAACGACAACAGUCUUGUUGCUGAGUUCUGUGAAUGCUCUGGACAACGGAGUAGGACGCCUACCAGUACUGGGAUAUAACACUUGGAAUGCUUAUCAAUGUAACAUUGAUGAGGACCUCUUGCUCACGACUGCCAACCUCUUAAAAUCGCUCGGUCUUCUUGACGUUGGAUAUGAUCAAUUAAACAUCGAUGACUGCUAUGCGGAAAAAAACCGCAGCGCUGGCGGUGACAUUGUUGCGGACGCUGCCAGAUUCAAAAGUGGCAUGAAGAUCCUGACUGAUCAGAUUCACGCCCUGGGCUUUAAAACUGGCAUCUACAGUGAUUCGGGAUGGUAUACCUGUGCCGGUUAUCCAGGAUCCUAUCAAAACGAACUGAGAGACUUGACAACGUUUUCGGAUUGGGGCUUCGACUAUCUCAAAUAUGACAACUGCGCUAUUCCAUACGACGAGAUCACGAGAGAGGGCAUCGUUGGAAGAUAUCAACGUAUGGCCGCUGCCGUGGUUCAAGUUCAGCAGUCCACUAAAAAUAAUCCUUUUUUACUGUCUCUCUGCGAAUGGGGUUGGAGUCAAGUCUGGCUGUGGGGAAAGCAAUUCGGUCAGAGUUGGAGAACUACCGGGGAUAUUGCCGCUGAGUGGAACUCACUUGCGAAUAUCAUCAACGUUAAUUCUUUCCUAACUCAAGCGACGGAUUUCUAUGGACGCAAUGAUCUAGAUAUGCUUCAAUUAGGGAACGGAAACCUUACUUUUGAUGAGUCAAAAUCGCAUUUUACAGCGUGGGCACUAAUGAAAUCGCCUCUGCUCAUCGGAACGAACCUUUCAGCGAUCACAAGUGAGACGUUGAGCAUCCUCAAGAAUAAAGAAAUUCUGGCAAUCAAUCAAGAUCCAGUCGUUGGGGCUUCCAUUGCGCCUUUCCGAUGGGGGAUCAACCCCGAUUGGACCAGCAACAGUAGCUUCCCAGCUCAGUACUGGAGCGGCCCUACCCAAGAUGGAACCGUUUUCAUGCUCUUGAAUACCCAGGAUGAACCCUCUGCCCUAUUUUUCAACCUGACCGAGUCCCCUUGGAUUAGAGCGGGACGACAAUACUCAGUCCGGGACCUGUGGACGCACACAGAUAACGGUACCGCCGUACGUAACUUCACGGCAUAUGAUGUUCCUGCACAUGGCGUCGUGGCGCUUCUUCUGAAGGAUGUGGGGGACGAACCGGAUGGCAUAUAUCCCCAAUGCAGUGUGUGGUGGCAAUGCAUUGACAAAAACGGUACCCGGGUUGGUGGUUGACACGUCAACGACAUCGGCAUAAGAAAAAACGGCUCCGAUGAAUACAACAGGUACAUAUACAAGAUAGGACAGCUUAAAUACUGUUAUAAUUUGUGUUAUAACUCC